AUGGCCGUCCCAAACUGCUUCACCGAAGUCCGCAUCCCCGACACGUCUCCGCUCAUCCGCUACAUCGGGAGCUGGAAGGUCUACUAUUCCUCAUCUUCAGAUUCCGUAUGGGAAGCGGGUAUGAUGGGCACUGGCGACUCCGUCCACGCAACCAACCAGGUGGACGACUUGGCCUACUUUGAGUAUCCUGGCAUUUCAUCCGUUAUGGAGGGCCAAGUUCUGGGCGGCGACGGGGUGCGGUACACGCUCAAUGGCGUGCAAAAGCAGGUAGACAUUAGUCGGUCCACAGGCAACGUCUCGACGUGGAGCGCCGCCAGUGGCCAGCAGGAUGUCGGUGUCCACACCGCCAUGAUUGAGGUGACGAAGAGUGACCCAUCGUUCCUCACCGGCGUCAAGUCCGUUUCCUCAGUCGUGGGCAUUAUUGCUGAGACUACCGAUCCCAACCUCCUCUCCUGCCACGAGACGACGUUCGUCGAUGCCUUGCAGUCCAGCCAGCCCCAAGUGCUUCCCAAAGGCCCGUGGCGUCCUCUCAACGAGUUCGGCGGUGUGGGCGGACAGAGGGUGAUAUCAUACAGCUCGAUUGUGGCGGAUUCGACUGCUUCCAUCCAGCUCUUCCCUCCGCGCGGCUCCAACUUCAUCUCACUGAACGGCACCGUCGGCUUUGCAUACGGCACAUACUCCGUCACCGUCGAUCCUCCCCUGCCGUCCAUCUUUGCGCGUGAGCGCAAUGGAUUCAACGCUGGCGCGCAGUGGGCCGCUCCAGGCCAGUUGCUGUACUACACGCCUCUGAAUCCACAGGAACAGUACACCAUCACCGUGACGGGCGACACGGACCCGACCAAAUUCCUCGGCCUCCAUUCGUGGAUGUACUGCGACUAUGCCCUUGCCAAGAAUGGUGGCGGUGGGGGCGGCAGCGGCAGCGGGGGAGGUAAGAGCAAUGUCGGCGCCAUCGCCGGCGGAGUCGUAGGCGGCAUCCUUGGCGCUGCACUCAUCGCCCUUGUCUUCUUCUUGUUCCUGCGCAAGCGCAAGGCUCGCUCUCCGCCCGAGGAAGAGCUGUUCACGGUCGACGAGACGAUUGACGCGACGACGACGCCGUACGAUCCGCCCAUCACGCCUCUCGCGCCGCUCUCGCCUCUCGCACGCACUGAGCCCCCAGCCCCCCGCUCAGAGGAGAUGCGCGAGUCCGUCGUCUCGGGCUCGACGCUUGUGCCCCAGCUUCUUUCGAAGCGCGAGAGCAGCACGACCUCGGUUCCGCGCAACAUCUCGCUUGUCGAGCACCAGGACGCCGGGGCGGUGGAGCCCGCCGCGGUCGAGCACCUCCCGCCGUCGUACAACCCAGAAUGGUUGGCUACCCGGAGUUCGACGUCGCCGAGCGAUGCGGGGCCCUCUAAGCCCACGGCGAUGUCGUCGCCGCCGCCACUGCCCGAUUCCAAGUCGCCGACGGGCACCUAGACUGUACAGAGUGAGAGUGGUCGUUCGUUGGAGGGUAUGAGCAUGCUCGUGGUUCGAUA